UCCAUAUUCAGAGGGAACUCUCUUCCUGGCACAAUGAGAAUGUGGCACUCAGAGUGAAUCAGCUAUUUCCGUGCCUCGCCUUGUGUUUUUUUUGUUCUUUUGUUUGUUUGUUUGUUUUGCGGUACCCGGGCUUCUCACCGUUGUGGCCUCUCUCGUUGCCGAUCACAGGCUCCGGACGCGCAGGCUCAGCGGCCAUGGCUCACGGGCCCAGCCGCUCCGCAGCAUGUGGGAUCUUCCCGGACCGGGAGCCAGGAAAACAAUUAAGAAGCACUCGGGAGGGAGACUUUCAAGAUGGCGGACGAGUAAGACGCGGAGAUCACCUUCCUCUCCACAAAUACAUCAGAAAUACAUCUACACGUGGAACAAUUCCUACAGAACACCUUCUGAACGCUGGCAGAAGACCUCAGACUUCCCAAAAGGUUCUGGAAAAGAUCUGUAACAUUCUACGUACUGAUUCUCUGGCAGAAGUUCUACAGUGGCUGCUCCAUGCAAGUUCCAAAGAAAAGGAGUGGGUCUCAGCUUUGAUUCAUGCUGAACUGGCUGAGAUAAACUUGUUAACUCCCCUCAGAAGAAAAGCCUCAGCGGAACUAGCAGCAGAGACUGGCAGGCCACCCAAAGUUAAAUCACCCUCAGAUUCACCAGCAAAAUCAGAAGUGCUAACCAGUUCUAGGGAAGGACAUCAACAGAGCAGAGGCUGAGCACAAGCUUCCACUGUUUAUAAGAAGAAAUAAGAUGAAAAUACCCAUUGCAGAAUAUUUCAGCAAGCCAAAGUCUCUUCCCAGGCCUAAAACUCAAGAGAGCAUAUCAACAAAACCAACAUAAGCAAGGAGUAUACAGCAAGGAUACAGUCUCUCUCCCCAGAGAAGAUUUUAUCCUGUAACACACCAAAGGUAGAAAUUCUAGACUGGGCUAAGUCUUUCACAAACGUGAGUUUCACUUUGUUAUCACAUCAAAUUAUUAAAAACAUGUUUUUGGUAUGGAGGAAUCAAUAGCUCCUCUAUAUGUUGGUACAUGUAAAUCUCAAAGCACCUGUAUAUAAUGAUACUAAAUAAAUAUUAAGGGAGAUAAUAUUUCUAUUUGUAGUUAAAUUAGUACCAUGUAUAAAAGAAAUAUAUUUAUAUACUAUAUUU